AUGUUCACCGGUAUUGUCGAAGAGAUUGGCACCAUCUCUCGCAUCGAGAAUGAUGCCGCCACCGGUAGCUCGGUCAUGACCGUCACCAUCUCCCCCGGAUCCAGCCUCCUCGCAGACUGCCACGAGGGCGACUCCAUCGCCGUCAACGGCGUCUGCCUGACCGUGACGUCCUUUUCCAAGGACACCUUCACCAUCGGCGUCGCGCCCGAGACGCUGCGCAUCACCAACCUCGGCACGCUCGUAGAGUCCGGCAAGGUGAACCUGGAACGCGCCGUCAGGGCCGACACCCGCAUGGGCGGCCACUUUGUCCAGGGCCACGUCGACACAACCGCCGAGAUCCUCUCAGUAACGCCGGAUGGCAAUGCUCUCACUUUCCGGUUCCAGCCAAAGAAGAGGGAGUUUCUGCGGUAUAUUGUGUACAAGGGAUACAUUGGCAUUGAUGGAACCAGCUUGACUGUCACACAAGUCAAUGAUGCUGAGGGGUGGUGGGAGAUUAUGUUGAUUACAUACUCUCAGGAGAGAGUUGUCCUGGCAAACAAGGUCAAGGGCGAUACCGUCAACAUCGAGGUUGACAUGAUGGCCAAGUACGCUGAAAAGUCCCUGGGCGGUAUUCUUGGCGACGGCAACGCUUCUUCGAUCCCUCUUCUUGAGAAGAUUGUUGAGCGUGUCAUUGCAAAGAGCCAGGGUGCAAAGCCAUAA